UAAAAAACAAAUGAACAAAAAACCCACACCAAUUCUCAAAUUAAAUCUUCAUCAAUGGCAAUUUCACCCUCAAAUCUCUUCUACCCACUUCCAAACUCCACCAAAUUCACCAUUUUCAAAGCUUUCCACCAUUUUCUCUCUCCUCCAAAGCUCAUAAUCCUCCAUUCCUCUGCUUUCCCUUCCCCUGUUCUAGAAGAAGAACCUUCCCCUGUUCUCCCCCUUGUUGAUUUCACUUACGGAUCUCCAAAUUCCGAUUUCCAAUCCCUAAAAUCCGAUGGGAAGAACUUAAAUCAACUCAUCAGAGAGAUUUUAAAGGAUCCAAGGACUGAGAAUCUUGGGUUGGAGUAUUAUGAGAAGGCGAAAGCGAGCUCGGAAUUUCAGCCCCAGAAAACAACCCUCAAGGCUCUGUUGAAGUAUUUGGUGAGUUCAAAGAAAUGGGAUUUAGUUUCAAUGGUGUCUAGAGAUAUGAAAAAGUAUAAAGUUUUUCCUGAUAAGAAUUUCUGUGCUAGAAUUGUUAGUUCUUGUGUUAAAGCUAGGAAAUUCAAACUUGCUGAUUUGUUGCUAGAUUGCUUUGAAUUUGAUGAGAAAAUUGCUUCGUUUUGUUAUGAUUCUGCUCUAAGAAGCUAUAAUAAGCUUCAUUUGUAUAGCAUUUCGAUUGAAUUGUUCGAAAGGAUGAGAUUAAGGGAGAUUGUUCUUGAUCCUGGAGGGGUUGUUUUGGUUAUGGAAGCUUACCUGAAAUUGGGGAACUUCAAGAAAGUUGUUGAGGUUUUUAAUAAGUUCGAGGAAGAUAAUGUUGAAAAUGUCGAGAAUUUGUCGAAUUUGACUCAAAUUUAUGGAGUUUUGUUAGAUGCAUUAGGGAAAUCAGGACAAACUUUCAAAGCCCUUGAGCAAUUUGAGCUAAUGGGUGAGAAGGGUAUCCCUCUAAACGCAUCGAUUUACGCGUCAUUGAUCGGUUCAUUAGCCGAAGAGAAAGAAAUCGAUGUUGUCGAGAAACUCGUCGAUGAAGCCGAAUCCAAAAAAAUGUUGAAAGGUCCAGCAUUGUUCUUGAAGUUAGUAAUCAUGUAUGUUGAAGAAGGGGAGUUAGGGAGGGCUUUAGAUGUUGUAAAGAAGAUGAAGAACGCAAACUUAAAGAUUUCUGAUUGCAUAUUUUGCGCAAUUGUGAACGGAUAUGCGAAAAAAAGAGGGCUAAAAGAGGCUGCAAGAGUGUACGAAAGGCUCAAUAUGGAAGGGUGUGAACCAGGGCAAGUAACGUAUGCGUCAAUCAUUAAUGUUUACUUUCGACUUGCAUUGCUUUACAAGGCGAAGAUCGUGUUCGAGGAGAUGCAACAAAGAGGGUUCGAUAAAUGUGUUGUGGCUUAUUCAACCAUGAUUGUAAUGUACGGGAAAACAGGGCAAUUGAGGGAAGCUAUGGUGCUACUAGCUAAGAUGAAGGAGAGAGGGUGUGAGCCGAAUGUAUGGGUGUACAACACGUUGAUCGACUUACACGGUAGGGCGAAGGAUUUGAGACAAGUUGAGAAGUUAUGGAAGGAGAUGAAGAGGAGAAAGGUGAAACCUGAUCGAGUUAGCUACACUAGUAUCAUAGGAGCUUACUCUAGAGUGAGAGAAUACGAGGCGUGUACCGAGUUUUACGAUGAGUAUCGGAGGAACGGGGGAGGGGUCGAUCUAGCGUUGGCGGGGAUGAUGGUGGGUGUUUUCUCGAAGAUUAGUAGGAUUGAUGAGUUGAUUAAGCUGUUGCAGGAUUUGAAGGCAGGGGGGGUUAGGUUGGAUAUGAGAUUGUAUAAAUCUGCUUUGAAUGCUUUGAGGGAUGUUGGGUUGGAAAUGCAGGUUAGGUGGUUGGAAGAGACGUUUGGGAUGCCGACGGUGGCGGCGCCGGUGGAUCGUCUGGUUUUGAAUGGUGGGAAGUACAGAAAGCAACAUGUAUUCAAGAGUAAUUCAUGAGUAAGCAAUGUAAGUAAGGGUUAGCUGAAUGAGAAAAUUUGCACAGAUGUUGUACAGAAUUUACGUAAUUGUAUAAUGUUAAUUAAUGAUCAUAAUUUGUACGGAGUAUUACCCUUGUAACUCAUUCAUAAAAAGAAAAAAAAAAGUUAAUGAUCAUCAAUGCAUAUUACAAGCAAAUUUCA